CAGGCAUACAGCAGGCGAACGAGCGAGCAGAUCAGGCAGCGUAGCCGUCCGUCCGUCCGUUCGUUGCUAGUUCCGGCAUAGUUUCGCGACUCCGAGUUCAGCGGAAAGACGUUAAAUUCACAUUGGUGUUUGACACGUCGCGGAGGUGCGCGAAGAAGUUCGAUAUUCUAGAUAAAAAAUAAACCCAGUGUAAAGAUGGAUGAAGAAUACGACGCGAUUGUGCUCGGAACCGGGCUGAAGGAAUGCAUUCUAAGCGGAAUGCUAUCCGUUAGCGGGAAAAAGGUUUUACACGUCGAUCGCAACAAGUAUUAUGGCGGUGAAUCUGCCUCCAUAACGCCGCUCGAAGACUUAUUCAGUAAAUUCAAGGCACCUCCACCGGACGAAAGUUACGGACGAGGUAGAGAAUGGAACGUAGAUUUGAUCCCGAAAUUUUUAAUGGCCAAUGGCCUGCUGGUGAAGCUGCUGAUUCACACUGGGGUUACUCGGUACUUGGAAUUCAAAUCGGUAGAGGGUUCCUACGUCUACAAGUCGGGAAAAAUCUCCAAAGUACCUAUCGAUCAGCAGGAGGCACUGUCCAGUGAUCUUAUGGGCCUGUUUGAAAAACGACGCUUUAGAAACUUCUUGAUUUGGGUACAAAACGUACAAGAGGAUGACCCCAAGAGCUGGGACGGCUUCGAUCCGUUUUCGAACAACAUGCAAGCUCUGUACAACAAGUUCAAUCUGGACAAGAAUACGCAAGACUUUACCGGUCACGCUCUCGCUUUGUAUAGAGAUGACGAUUACAUAGUCCAGAGCGCCAUUGGUACGAUUCGAAGAAUUAAGCUGUACAGCGACAGCUUGGCUCGUUACGGGAAAUCUCCGUACCUGUAUCCCAUGUAUGGUCUGGGCGAGUUGCCCCAAGGUUUUGCUAGACUUAGUGCUAUUUAUGGAGGUACCUACAUGCUAGACAAACCCAUAGACGAAAUUGUCAUGGAAGAUGGAAAGGUAGUCGGUGUUCGAUCGGGAACCGAAGUGGCUAAAUGUAAGCAAGUAUUUUGCGAUCCAACUUAUGUGACCGACAAGGUUCGCAAAGUAGGACAAGUAAUAAGGUGCAUUUGCCUCUUGGACCAUCCCAUAUCAGGCACUGGUGAUGCUCUUUCAACACAAAUUAUCAUUCCACAGAAACAGGUAAAUCGCAACUCUGAUAUCUACGUCUCGUUGGUAUCUCACACGCAUCAAGUAGCAGCUAAAGGCUGGUUUGUCGCUAUGGUGUCAACUACAGUAGAGACGAGCAAUCCUGAAGCAGAAAUAAAGCCUGGUAUCGACUUGCUUGGAUCAAUAAAACAAAAGUUUGUAUCAGUCUCUGACUACCUGGAGCCAACCGACAACGGUCUUAACAGUCAAUUAUUCAUUUCAACGAGCUACGACGCGACAACGCAUUUCGAAACAACUUGUCUGGACGUUUUGGAUAUUUUCAAACGCGCCACAGGAGAAGAAUUCGACUUCAACAAAGUCAAGCAUGAAUUAGGUGACGAAGAUCAGUAACCAUAAUUAGCGAAUCAAUUGAUAUCCUAUGCUUGGAUUUGAUUCGAGCCUAAUCCAAAGGGUUCAACUCAUCCCGUACUAUAAGUAUCAUUAUUCUUACUUUUGUUAAGUCUAGGGUACUGCGAUGAAAACGAUGUAUAUGUAUCAUAAGUGGAAGAUG